AUGGAGGAACAAAAGAAUAGGCCUCAUAGGGCUCCUAAGGAGAAGAAGAAGCAGACUGGAGACCGAAAUCCAAAAGCAUUCAGUUUCGCAAACCCAGGAAGAUUGGCAAAAAGUGCUGCACGAUCGCAUGAUAUCAAAGAAAGACGUCUUCAUGUUCCUCAAAUUGAUCGAUUGCCAGAAGAACCCCCGCCACGACUCGUUACAAUUGUUGGACCACCAGGUGUGGGAAAGACAACUUUACUCAAAUCUCUAGUCAAACGAUAUGCGAAAGAAACACUAUCCGAUCCACAAGGACCAAUUACCGUUGUUACGUCGAAACGUCAAAGACUUACAUUUGUAGAAUGUCCGAACGAACUCGAGGCUAUGGUGGAUAUGUCAAAGGUAGCAGAUAUUGUACUAUUGAUGAUUGACGGGAAUUUUGGUUUUGAGAUGGAGACUAUGGAAUUUUUGAACAUUUUAUCUUCCAGUGGUAUGCCGGGUAAUGUUUUUGGAAUUCUUACACAUCUGGAUCUCUUCAAGAAACCCCAAACUUUGAAGGAUGCGAAAAAACGACUCAAGAAUCGAUUUUGGAGCGAAUUAUACCAGGGUGCGCAUCUAUUCUACCUCUCUGGAGUUAUCAAUGGUCGUUAUCCGGAUCGAGAAAUUCAUAAUUUGUCAAGAUUUAUUUCUGUCAUGAAAAAUCCUCGACCUUUGAUUUGGCGCAAUACACAUCCUUAUACGAUUAUCGAUAGUUUCAGGGAUAUCACUCACCCUACGAAGAUUGAGGAGGACGAGAAAUGCGAUCGGACGGUUGUGUUAUCAGGAUACUUACGAGGAACAAAUUUUGCCGCACAGGGUCAAAGGGUUCAUAUACCUGGGCUUGGGGAUUUUUCAGUCUCUGCUAUGGAGGCAUUACCUGAUCCUUGUCCUACACCAUUUAUGGACGCCGCAAUUGCCAAAGCGUCAGGCAAAACUGGCAGGCGACGUUUAAACGAGAAGGAAAAGAAACUUCAUGCACCCAUGUCAGAUAAAAGUGGGUUGAAAAUUGAUGGAGACACUAUCUGGAUCACCCGUGACAAGGGAUUUAAUUUUGACGCGGAUGCCGAGGAUGAAGAACGUGGAGAGGGAGAAGAGAUGAUUGUUGGUUUGCAAGGGGAAAGAAGACUUUUAGGUGAAACUGAAGAGGGUGUGAGGUUAUUCAGUAAUGGUGAGACUAUCAAGUCAAUUCCCCAGGAAGAAGACUCGGGAAGGAAACAUCAAAGAUCCGCAAGAUUUGUCAGCAAAGACCAAGAUUCGGAUAACGAAGAUUUUGGAGAUGUUGCCAGUGAUGAAGAAUUUGAUUCUGGUGAUGAAGCAGAGAUUACCGAAGACAAGUUAGGAAAGGCAUUUAAGAAAGAUAAGGAUGAGGCUGGUGGUGAUAUUGAAUUCGCUGAUAGUGAUUCGGAUCUUGGUUCUAUAUCUGGAGAAGACUUAGAUGAUGACGAAGACAAUUCAGACGAAGAUUCAGAUGAUGAAGAUGGAGCAGCUCGUUGGAAGCAAAAUAUGUUGGAAACUGCUCGCAAGCUUCAUGGACAAAGAAAGUCAUACCGAACUGCAGAUCUAGCAAAACUUAUGUAUGAUGAAUCGCUUACACCUACGGAAGUACUCCAAAGAUGGAGAGGAGAGAUUGAAGAGGAGGAGGAUAUUGAACAAUCUGAAGAUGAGGAUGAGUUCUUUAAAAAGACCGGUGGAGAAGAUGAAGAUGCCAUCAUGGAUGAUCGGGCAAUUCCAUUCCUUGAUUACGAGGAGUUGGAGUCAAAAUGGUCUGUGGAAGAUAACAUUGAAGCACUUCGAAAAAGAUUUGCGACAGCUGAUUUAUUGAAGGGCAAGGGUAAUGGCAGCGGUAGUGAUGAUGAUGAAGACGAGGAAGAUGAAGAUGAUGAGGGUGAUGGAGAGUUUAAAGAUUUAGAAACUGGUGAAGAGCACAAAGCAGACGAACCUGAAGAUAUUGAUGCCGAACGAGAGAAGAAUGCCAGGAGGAAAGAAGAGCUCAAAUUGCGAUUUGAAGAAGAAGACAGAGAUGGAUUCAACAAUGAUAAAGCAAACGCAAGACGAGAAGCCGGUGGAGAUGAUGAAUUUGGUGAGGAUGAAUGGUAUGAUGCACAGAAAGCACAAAUCCAAAAGCAACUCGAUAUCAACAAGGCGGAAUUCGAGAAUCUUGAUGAAAGUCAAAGAAUUAAUGUUGAAGGUUACCGCGCCGGGAUGUAUGCGAAGAUUGUUAUCGAAGGAGUAGCAUCUGAAUUCGUUACUCGAUUUAAUCCACGAAUGCCAAUCAUCGUUGGAGGUUUGACACCCACCGAGGAUCGUUUUGGAUUUGUACAGGUCAAGAUUAAGAGACACAGAUGGCAUAAGAAAAUUCUUAAAACCAAUGAUCCUCUCAUCAUUUCUCUUGGAUGGAGAAGAUUUCAAACUCUUCCAAUUUACAGUACUUCGGACAAUCGAACACGAAAUCGUAUGCUCAAGUAUACUCCAGAGCAUAUGCACUGUUUUGGUACAUUUUAUGGACCAUUUAUUGCACCCAAUACUGGAUUUUCCUGUUAUCAAUCAUUUUCCAAUAAGAACCCUGGUUUCCGAAUUGCGGCUACCGGAACUGUCAUGACGGUUGAUGAAACUUCCGAGACAGUCAAAAAACUCAAGCUUACUGGUACGCCGUACAAAAUUUACAAGAAUACUGCUUUCAUCAAAGACAUGUUCAAUACCUCAUUGGAAAUUGCCAAGUUUGAAGGAGCUUCUAUCAAGACUGUCUCUGGUAUUAGAGGUCAAAUUAAACGUGCAUUGGCCAAGCCGGAAGGUUAUUUCCGUGCUACAUUUGAAGAUAAGAUUCUCAUGAGUGAUAUUGUCUUCUUACGAGCUUGGUAUCCGAUUAAACCUCAUCGGUUCUACAAUCCCGUUACCAACCUUAUCGGAUGGGAAGGUAUGCGAUUGACUGGGGAAGUCCGACGUGAUCAAAAUUUACCCACGCCAGAUCAAAAAAAUAGUCACUACAAACCGGUGGAAAGAGUAACUCGACAUUUCAAUCCUUUACGAGUUCCACGUGCCUUGGCAGCAGAACUUCCUUACAAAAGUCAAAUUGUACAAAUAAAGAAACAGAGUAAACCUACGUAUAUGCAAAAGAGGGCAGUAGUAGUAGGAGGAGAAGAAAAGAAAGCGAGAGAUUUGAUGCAAAAGUUGAUGACUCUUCGUAAUGAUAAGGUGGCGAAGAGGAAAGUGGCAAAUGAGAAGAGGAGAGAGGUGUAUCGGAAAAAGGUGGCGGAAAAUGAGGAAAAGAGGGGUGAGAGGGAGAAGAAGGAAAAACAGGAAUAUUGGAGGAAAGAGGGUAAGAAGAGAAGAGCUGAUACGGAUGGUGGGGGAGGUGGAAAGAGGAGAAGAUGA